AUGCUGGCCUCGCCGGCCGCGCCGUCCCAGCUUCGUCUCCAUGACACGUCGACGUCGACAUCGACAUCGACAUCGACAUCGACAUCGACAUCGACAUCCCCCCGCGGCUUGGGCCGCUCGGACAUUGUGGCCGCCGCUCGGCAACCACCCCCCGACGCCGACUACCUCGCCCGCGAGGCCAAGACGCAGGGCCGGCGCUUCUGCCUCGUCCGGCCCGACGCGCACGGCGGGGACGACGCCCCGAGCAUCGCCAAGGCGCUCAACGACGACUGCCGGCGCAAGAGCCUCGUCUUCCUGCCCGGCCCCGCGUACAGCAUCAGGACGGCCAUGACCACGCUGGCCAUGGACGACGUGCGCAUCGUCCUGCUCGGCCGCCUCGUGUGGAGCAGCGACGUCGCCUACUGGCUCUCCGUGUCCAUGCCCGUCGGCUUCCAGAACCAGAGCACCGUCUGGUACUUUGGCGGCGACCGCGUCUCCCUCGACGGCUGGAACGUCGGCACCCUCGACGGCAACGGCCAGGUGUGGUACGACUGGGCCAGGUCGCAGGGGAACCUGCCCCGGCGGCCCAUGAACAUCAACUUCCGGGGCCUGACCAACUCGGCCGUCAGGCGGAUGCGCUUCGUGCAGAGCCAGAUGUGGACCAUGGCCAUCACCCACUCCAGGGCCGUCGACCUCGACGACAUCUACGUCAACAGCACGUCGAGCAGCAGGUGGAGCACGCUCAACACGGACGGCUGCGACACCAUAUACUCGGACAGCAUCACCUUUCGCCGCUGGUUCGUCACCAACGGCGACGACGCCAUCGCCCUCAAGGGCAACUCGUCCAACAUUGCCAUCUACGACAGCGAGUUCCGCGACGGCCAGGGCGUCGCCAUCGGGUCCAUGGGCCAGUACGACGGCAAGUUUGAGUACAUUGCCAACUUUUACGCCCAAAACAUCACCCUCGUCAACACGGCCCACGUUUCCUACCUCAAGACCUGGGCCGGCGUGUCCAGGGGGUACCCGCCCAACGGCGGCGGAGGCGGCCUCGGCCACGCGACCAACAUCACCAUGCAGGACGUCAGGAUCAGCAAGCUGCGCCAGCAGCCCUUCUUCGCCUGGCAGUGCGAGAACUACUCGGGCUGGGCGGGCAAGGACUGCAACUCGUCCAAGUUCAAGCUGAGCCAGAUUGCCUGGCGGAACGUGGUCGGGACCGUGGUCAAGGGGGUCAAGAACGUGGGCUCUUUGCAGUGCAGUGCGGCCGCCGGGGGGUGCGACGACGUCGAGGUGUCGGAUAUCAAGGUCACUGUGGACGGAACCGACGCCGUCCUGGACAAGUGGCACUGCGAGAACGUCCACGGGAACAAGGGGUUCGUGUGUGAUAAUCCGCCGCAGGUGUCGGGAUAA